AUGGGUUGGAAAAGGUUGACAAUCCGGGCGCUGUUACUACUACUAAGUGUGGGACAAACUUGGUCUCAAUAUACAAAUGCAACCUUUUUGGCGGGAGAAAACAUCCCCAGAAACAACGAGCAAGAGUCGCGAGAUGCUGGACCUGAAAUCGAAUUCACUUACCACGACCACGAUCAGAUGACGAGGUAUCUUCGAGCAGUUUCAGCGCGUCAUCCAUCCCUUACAGCUCUCUAUUCCAUCGGAAAAUCAGUGGAAGGUCGUGAUCUCUGGGUGAUGGUGGUAUCGGCAUCUCCAUACGAGCAUAUGAUUGGAAAACCUGACGUUAAAUACGUCGCUAAUAUUCACGGGAACGAAGCUGUGGGACGAGAAUUAUUAUUGCAUCUUAUUCAGUAUUUAGUGACGUCAUACGAGUCAGAUUCCUACGUCAGAUGGUUGCUAGACAACACAAGGAUACAUCUAAUGCCAUCUAUGAAUCCAGAUGGAUACUCUAAAUCAAAAGAAGGCCAGUGUAAUACAAUUCAGGGCAGAAACAACGCCCGACAAUACGACUUAAACCGCAACUUCCCGGAUUUCUUCAAACCGAAUCCGAAGCAGCCACAACCGGAAACGAUAGCCGUUAAGGAGUGGAUCAGCAAAAUCCAGUUCGUGUUGUCCGGAUCGUUGCACGGAGGGGCCCUCGUCGCUUCUUACCCCUUCGACAAUACACCCAGUUCUAUAUUCGAAAGCUAUGCGCAUACGCCGUCGGUGUCGCCGGACGACGACGUGUUCCGCCAUCUUGCGCGUAUCUACUCUAACAAUCACGCGAAGAUGUCACGUGACGUGUCAUGCCAGAGCACGUUCAGGACAUUUGAAAAGGGCAUCACCAACGGAGCUGCUUGGUAUGCGCUUACAGGAGGCAUGCAGGACUACAAUUAUCUAUGGCACGGCUGCAUGGAAAUAACAUUAGAAAUAUCGUGUUGUAAAUACCCUCCAGCCAACGAGUUAUCAAAGUAUUGGCAAGACAAUAAACAGGCAUUGAUUAAAUACUUGGCAGAGGCUCACCGAGGCGCUCAUGGAUUCGUUAUGGACUCCAAUGGGAACCCUGUAGAAAAAGCAGCCAUUCGCGUUAAAGGCCGUGAAGUUACUUACCACACCACAAAGUAUGGAGAGUUCUGGCGUAUUCUACUACCAGGAACAUACAGGCUUGAGGUCACAGCUGAGGGUUUCCUACCUCAAGAAGUGGAAUUCUUUGUAAUCGACAGUCACCCUACUCUCCUCAAUGUUACAUUGCAUUCAGCUAAAGAUUUCCCGCCAUCUGGUGCUAUCACUAGGCAAAAGCUUGCUAGAAGGCCAACGAAAAACGUAACGUCGGUGAAAGAAGAUGGAGCUAUCUCCUUCCCCCAAGAGUAG